AUGUCUUUAGCCGCUGCUUUUAGAGGCGUUUCCACCUCGCUUAAUACCUAUCCUAUUGCCGCUUUAACUAAACCCAUGCUUACUUACUACGCUAAGCCAACCCCUACCUUACCACAGUACCCUAGCUAUGUGCUACUGUUAGGGAGAAGAAGGCUGCAAUUACCCCAGAACACCGCUCUAAUGCGAAAUCGGUACUCAUUACAUCGAUCCAACCUAUCUUCAGCUGCCGGCUCGUGCUAUGAAGGGCAGUCAGACAUAAACUUGUCCUCCGAUACGUACUCAGACCUUAAUACAGAGGCGGACACGGAUAUUGAUAUCGAGCUGAGUACCGGCAAAGAUGAUUGUUUCACCAUGCAGCAGGAGCUAAACGAGGAUCUGGAUUCUGAAGCUGAAGAGAUACUAAAGGACAUCGAUAAAUUGAGGGCAGAUGGACCAGCAAAGCACCCACGGAGCUGGAUGACGAGCAACAGGAAAAAUUACGGAACGAUUCUGCACUUGCGCUCCUUCGUAAAGAGCGAGAGAUGUACAAAAGACAACUCCAUGACCAAGGCUUUUAUCCGAUCUCGAGAGGUCAAGGGACGGAGCUUUAUGAGAAUUACGAGAACACAAAGCGAAAGAUUAGUAGUACAUAUCAAAGAUUGUACAGAGAACGAUUAGUG